AUGGCGGAGUAUUGGGAUUGGUUCGACUGUGACAGCAAGAGUGCCCAAACGCGAUAUGUCUAUGGGCUUCGUCCGGACAAAGACGACAUUCGGAACGAUCGAUCGGCGUUGGCCAAAGUGGCCCAUUGCAUUCACACUCACGUCAAGAGCUCCGAAAUUCCCAUUCAACUCGUCAAAACGUGUGGAUCCGUCGGCAAGAAUACCGAUUCCAGUAUCUCGUCCGAUUUGGAUUUGGUCAUUUUUAUUGACGAAUUAAAGCCACACGAGCUUGCCAACAAGAUUUCCGGGAUUCUCGAUAAAAUACAAGAUGCCAUGGACGAGCAGUAUCCGGGAACACGCGAUGAGGAUUGGUACCGAAAAUUUGGAUUGCGCUAUGUUAUUGCCGGAAUGGAAAUUGAUAUUUUGAUUGGAUGUACCACGGUCAAACCAAAGGAUUUUCUGACAGUGGACGAUGCCAAUCAAAGAGCCUACAUGUCGGCAUCGGCCAGUCGCUAUGCCACCAACUUUAUGAAAAAACAGGGGCGGCUCUUUAAAGACUUGGUACGGGUUGCCAAGGAUUGGAGAGAUUCCUUCCCCGGUUGGCCCAAUCAAUGCAAACCAAAAUCGUACCUACUGGAAGUAUUGAUGCUUCAUUCCUGUCGACAAGCACGGCCUCGUUUUUUUGUCAAGAAGCACAAAAAAAACACAUUCAAGCAGUCCAUACGCACCACACCCAAUCUGGUCGCCUUUUUCAUGCUACAAUUCUUUGACAUGAUUGGCAAUAUUAUUACGAUCGAACCCAAGGUCACACGGCAUGCCACGGCGUUGGUAUUGGAUCCGGCCAAUCCCACCAAUAAUCUCUGGUUGACAUUGGCGGAUCCCACUCUGUUUAUCAAUCGAGCCAAAAAGACGGCCGAGUUGCUCCGAGAGGAAAUGGAGGAAUAG